AUAUAUGCAUCUGAUGCAGUAGAGCCCCGUUAGAUCUUUAUAAAUCCUCCUCCGGCGCGAAUAAACGCCCCUGGACUGAAGGAAACACACAGUCUCUGAGAUUCAUAGCAGUGAACAGGUUUAGCACAAAACAACUCCUGCUCCUAACAGGCCAAAGAUGCCCAAUCCACCAACCCAGUGACUCCAAGAAAAGCCUACAACAUUCCCAAUGAAUCCCUCAUCCACGAUGAACACUUCAGAGGCCACACUGUCCCUUUGGGCCAUCCAUGUCAACUCCAGUCCCGUUUCAUACUUCCUCAACGCCACCGAGAACCCAUCCCACGCCAAGCCCAAAGCAUGCGAACAGCUCAACAUAGCCACCGAGGUGUUCCUCAUCCUUGGCAUCGUCAGUCUGCUGGAGAACAUCCUGGUCAUCUGCGCCAUAGUGAAAAACAAAAACCUCCACUCGCCCAUGUACUUCUUCGUCUGCAGCCUGGCCGUGGCCGACAUGCUGGUGAGCGUCUCCAACGCUUGGGAGACCAUCGUCAUCUACUUACUCACCAACCGCCAGCUGGUGGUGGAGGACCAUUUCAUCAGACAGAUGGACAACGUUUUUGACUCUAUGAUCUGCAUCUCUGUGGUGGCAUCCAUGUGUAGUCUUCUAGCUAUAGCCGUUGAUCGCUACGUCACGAUUUUUUAUGCGUUAAGAUAUCACAACAUCAUGACGGUGCGCCGGGCCGCGCUCAUCAUCGGUGGGAUUUGGACCUUCUGCACCGGCUGUGGAAUCGUCUUCAUUAUCUACUCUGACAACACGUCUGUCAUUGUAUGCUUGGUCUCCAUGUUCUUCAUCAUGCUCGUGCUCAUGGCCUCCCUCUACAGCCACAUGUUCAUGCUGGCGCGAUCUCACGUCAAACGCAUCGCCGCCCUGCCGGGCUACAACUCCAUCCACCAAAGAGCCAGCAUGAAGGCGGCUGUCACCCUGACCAUCCUUCUGGGGAUCUUCAUCGUCUGCUGGGCCCCGUUCUUUCUCCACCUCAUCCUUAUGAUCUCCUGUCCCAGAAACCUCUACUGCAUGUGCUUCAUGUCGCACUUCAACAUGUACCUCAUCCUCAUCAUGUGCAAUUCGGUCAUUGACCCUCUCAUUUACGCCUUCAGGAGUCAGGAGAUGCGGAAAACGCUGAAGGAAAUCAUCUGCUGCUACAGCCUGAGGAACGUCUUUGGAAUGUCCAGGUAGUUUUAAACACCCCCCUACAAAAUAAAAGAGACGGAUUAUAAUUUCACAAGAAUUUAAGAAGUCUGAGAGGAUGUCCCAACCUGGCCUUGAACUAGAUGGAAAAUAUAUAUAUUUUUUUUUGAUGAUACUCUCUAAAACUUUCAAAAAGUUGGACAAUUAAGCAAGCGCUCUUCAAUGCACAAAGGAUGCAAAAUAGAAUUGCCUAAUGAGACGAUUGUUGGUAAUAUAUGUAGAUAUUGUUGGAGAAUUAAGGAGGCCUUAGAACUAUGGAACAAUAUAAUCCUCAACAGACAAUGUGAUUUAAUAUCCCAGUCUCCAGGGACACGCAGGAGCUGUCGAUCAAAGCCUGUGGGAAAAACAAGUGCAAUCAUUUGUCAAAUUAACCAUGCAAAACACAGCCUGAUGUAUUGUUGCAUAGGUAAGUUGAAACUGUAAUAAUGCAUGAAAUUUACAUUGCUAAAUGCACUCCGUGGUUGGCAUUGAAACUGAGAAAGUAUGAGCCACUCUAUUGAAUCCUAAGAUGAAAUUCAAUGCUGGCAGUCUUCAGUUAAAAAAAAAAAA